AUGAAUCGCUCGAUAGUUCAAUUGUUAGCUUCCGAAAAACUUAAUGUCGAUAACUAUGCGACAUGGAAAUCAAAUCUGAACACAAAACUAGUUGUUGAUGAUUUACGGUGUGUCUUAAUUGAGGAAUGUCCUCAAACCCCAGCCUCAAAUGCAAACCGAGCUAGUCGGAAAGCAUAUGAUCGAUGGAUAAAAGCAAACAAGAAAGCCUGUGUCUGCAUUCUUGCUAGCAUGUCAGACAUUUUAGCAAAGAAACAUGAAUCCUUAGCCACGACUAAAGAGAUUAUGGAUUCAUUAAAAGGAAUGUUUGGGCAACCAGAAUGGUCCCUAAGACACGAGGCAAUCAAAUACAUUUACACUAAGCGUAUGAAGGAGGGGACCUCUAUUAGAGAACAUGUCCUGGACAUGAUGAUGCACUUCAAUAUUGCUGAGGUAAAUGGAGGUGCCAUCGAUGAGGCAAAUCAAGUUAGUUUUAUCUUAGAGUCUCUUCCGAAAAGCUUCAAACCAUUCCAAACGAAUGCGUCCCUGACUAAGAUAGAAUUUAACCUGACAACCAUUCUGAAUGAGCUCUAG